AUGGCCGCCAACGGCAGUAUUCGCAGACCCGGCUUCGCCUCGCCUCUCACCGUCCAACAGCGCUCGACGUCACAAUCCACGCAAACGCCUGAAAACUCGCCCGACGGCCCUGCGCGCACGCAAUUGGCUUCCAAGAUGCCGUCCGCCGUCCCCGCAACAACGCCUACUGCGCCCGCCCUGGCGCGGAAACAGUCGACGCCGAUGAUGCCGCCCUUUAUGGUGUCUGCGCCGGGCAAGGUCAUUGUGUAUGGCGAGCAUGCCGUCGUGCACGGCAAGGCUGCCAUUGCUGCUGCCAUCUCGCUGCGCUCCUACCUCCACGUCUCGUUCCUGUCCAAGUCGAACCGGACCGUGCGACUGCGCUUCCCCGACAUCCAGAUGGAGCACACGUGGAACAUCGACCAGCUGCCAUGGGAGGCCUUCUCCAAGGCGGGGAAGAAGAAGUACUACUACGACCUCGUCACAGCGUUGGACCCCGACCUCGUCGCCGCCACCCAGCCGUUCGUCGACGAAGUAUCGCCAAAAGCCCCCGAAUCGAUACGCAAGAUACAACACGCAUCCGCCUUCUCAUUCCUCUACCUGUUCCUUUCGCUGGCCUCGAGGAAGACACCGCCCUGCGUGUACACCCUGCGCUCAACAAUACCAAUAGGGGCUGGGUUGGGCAGCAGCGCCAGUAUCUCUGUCUGCUUGAGCGCCGCAUUACUCAUGCAGAUUCGCGCAUUGAGCGGUCCUCACCAGGAUCAGCCACCGCAGGAGUGCGAACUGAACAUUGAGCGCAUCAACCGCUGGGCCUUUGUCGGAGAAAUGUGCAUUCACGGCAACCCGUCCGGUAUCGACAACACAGUAUCGUCAGGCGGCAAGGCAGUGCUGUACCAGAGGAUGGGUGAGGGGAAGCCGCCCCGCGUCGAACCUCUCCACAACUUCCCAGAGCUGCCCUUGCUUCUCGUAAAUACACGGCAAUCGAGAAGCACGGCGACCGAGGUAGAAAAAGUAGGCGUACUCCGGACAUUGCACCCAGCGCUAGCAGAGAACAUACUCGAAUCAAUCGGCAUGGUCACCGAAUCUGCAUACCAGCUCCUCAAUUCACCAGACUUCGAUCCCACAUCCCACGCCUCAUUAAAACAUCUCGGCGAGCUGGUGACUAUAAAUCACGGCUUGCUCGUCUCGCUCGGCGUUUCACAUCCCAAGCUCGAGCGCGUCCGAGAACUCAUCGACCACACCGGCAUCGGCUGGACAAAGCUUACCGGCGCCGGCGGCGGAGGCUGCGCCAUCUCGAUCAUCAAGCCCAAGCCCCCCGCGCUCACCAACGGUCACAGCAACGGCCACGAACUAUCUUCUGACGAAUCGUCCGAUAACUCUUCCGAAGCGGACUGCAGCCUGUCGAUAAUCUCGAACGGGACAAAACUCAAGCACAAGAUCUUAGAUUCUCUGGAAGUCAAGCUCGAAAACGAGGGCUUCGAGAAGUUUGAAACCACACUAGCUGGCGAUGGCGUAGGCAUUCUCUGGCCCGCCGUUCUGCACAAUGGUAAUGAAGAAGAGGGCGGAGAAGAGAUUGAUCAAGAGAAGUUCUUAAUGGCCGAGGGCACCGUGGGGAUAGAGCGGCUUGUAGGUGCUGCGGGGCCGCGGAGGAGACUCGCAAAAGAGGUCCGUGAAGGCUGGAAGUUCUGGAGGCCGUGGAUCGCGCACGAGGACGAAGAGUAA